AUUCCACACAUAGAAUAAUAUGCAGAACGAUAAGGGACAGAACGUUGAACUUUACAUUCCCCGCAGAUGUGACUGGACCAACCGUGUCAUUGAUGCUAAGGACCACGCUUCCGUUAUGAUUAACGUCGCUCGCAUUGACCCUGAGACUGGAGUUGCCACUGGACAGGUCGACACCAUCUCUCUCGGUGGAUACAUCCGCUCUAAGGUAAUUUGUGUUGGGUCGGAGUAAUGUGUAGGGUGAGUCUGAUGAGGCUUUCAGAAUUCUUGCCAAGGAUCUUUAAACGAUUCGAUCGUCUUGAGCAUGUGGAGU